AUAAAUUAUAUAAUAUCCUCUAUUAAAACCUUUUCUCUUUACUUUCUACCAAACUUCCAUCAUCCUCUACCUUAUCUUCAACCUUUAUACAAAAAACCCUUUAAUUUAAAUCUCAAAUUAAUCAAAAUGAUGUCAUCUAUAAGCUUCAUAGUGAUGCUACUAAUCAUGAUUAUCAUACCCACCAUUCUUUACACCUUUUUCUUUCUAAUCAAUUGUCCUCCAAACCCAUUUGAGUUCAUACGACGAAGUUCUAUCAAUGAUCAAAGCUUUCAUCCAAGGAGGUCAAAAAUGGCAAAUGAAGAAGAUAAUGAAGAUAAUAUUAGUAAAAAAAAGAAUAAAUUAGAGAUAAUUAUUGCUUCAAGUUCAAAACUAGGGAAAGAUUCAGAGUGUCCUGUUUGUUUAUCUGUUUAUAUAGAUGGAGAGGAAUUAAGACAAUUGAAUUAUUGUAAACAUUUAUUUCAUAGAAUUUGUAUUGAUAAAUGGCUUUCUACUCAUUGUAAUUGCCCUGUUUGUAGAGCUUUUGUAGGGAAUUAUUGUAAGCUUAGUAAGGAAAAUGAGAGUAGAGCAUUGCCAUCAAGAGAUGUUAUUGGUAGGCAUCAUGAUUCAUGGCAAGGAUUGCCUGAUUCUGCUGGCUUGGUUUGAAUCAUAGUGCAAAAUAUGAGUCGCAUCUGUUGGAAAAAUAAUUCAUAUGUAAUUUCACGAAUCAGAGAAUGUUGACUAACAUAUAAGUUGAAAGGGAAUGAAAUUUUAUUGAGUUUACGUGCA